AUGGUGUUGAAAAAAAACUUCUGGGUUGUUUUUGUUCUACUCCUUUUAGGAUUUGCAGCUAAUUUGCACACUGCAAAAUGCGCUCCUCGGCCUAGGCCUCGCCGGAUUCUCUUGGAUACAGAUGUUGAUACGAAUGAUUUCUUUGCUCUGCUCUACCUCUUAAAGCUUAACAGAUCAGAGUUUGAGUUAGAGGGUGUGACUAUCAACACAAAUGCCUGGACUAAUGCUGGACAUUCUGUGAAUCAAAUCUAUGACAUCCUUUACAUGAUGGGGCGUGAUGAUAUCGCUGUUGGAGUUGGCGGCGAAGGUGGAAUACUAAAAGAUGGUACCAUUCUUCCUAAUGUUGGUGGAUAUCUUCCCAUAAUAGAACAGGGUGUUACAACCACUGGGGGAUGUAGAUAUAGACAAGCUAUCCCAGUAGGUAUUGGAGGUCGUCUGGAUGUUGAUACAAAUUUUGGCAUUAGAAAAGCUUUUCUUCCUCAGGUAUAUAUAAACUUUUAUUUCCACUGAUCUGUUAUGCUUAUUCUAUGUAUGA